AUGUGUAGCUGGUGCGGCUGCCUCGAGUGCAUCCAUAACAUCCCUCCCCUCAAUCUCCUCUUCCUCCACUUCUCCUCGGCUGCACGGACGGGAAGGGAGGGAGAAGAAGGAGCGCGAACGCUCAGCCCCAUGGCCUCCAUCUCGGUCCCGGACCCCGCCCCUUCCCCGACCGAGGAUGCAGAGAGCAUCAGAAAAGCAGUGCAAGGGUGGGGGACGGACGAGAACGCGCUGAUCGAGAUCCUGGGCCACCGGACGGCGGCGCAGCGCGCGGAGAUCGCCGUCGCCUACGAGGGCCUCUACGACAAGCCCCUCCUCCGCACGCUCCAGGACGAGCUCUCCAGCCACUUCAAGGGCGCGAUGACGCUGUGGGCGAUGGACCCGGCGGCGCGGGACGCCAAGCUGGCCUACAAGGCCCUCAGGAAGAAGGGCGGCGACCGGCACGCCUGGGUGCUCAUCGAGGUCGCCUGCGCGUCGUCGCCGGACCACCUCGUCGCCGUCAGGAAGGCCUACUGCUCCGCCUACGACUCGUCGCUCGAGGAGGACGUCGCCGCCUGCCCGCUCUACAAGGACCCCCUCAAGCAGUUCUUGGUGCGCCUGGUGAGCUCGUACCGCCACGGCGGCGAGCACGUCGACGGCGAGCUGGCGAGGGCCGAGGCGGCCGAGCUGCACGGCGCGGUGGCGGCCAAGAAGCAGCCGCUGCACGGGGACGUGGUCCGCAUCGUCAGCUCCAGGAGCAAGCCGCAGCUCAAGGCGACGUUCCAGCACUACAAGCGAGAGCACGGCAAGGCCAUCGACGAGGUUCUCGAGGGCAAUCGCAACGACAAGCUGUCGGCGAUGCUGAAAACUGCGGUCUGGUGCCUGACAUCGCCGGAGAAGCACUUCGCAGAGGUGAUCCGGAGCUCGAUCAUCGGGCUCGGCACCGACGAGGAAUCCCUGACCAGAGCGAUUGUCUCGCGCGCCGAGGUCGACUUGAAGAAAGUGAAGGAGGAAUACAAGGUGAGGUACAAGACGACGGUGACCAAGGAUGUCGUCGGAGACACCUCCGGGUACUACCAGGGCAUCCUGCUCACCCUCAUCGGGGCCGAGUAG